AUGCACAAAUUGAAGCUUAAAAUACAACGAUGGAAGCUUUUAGGUUGGAUGUGGAGUCUAUUUAUUCUGGCGCACAAAAAAGACCUCGAGUUUAGUGAUCUCUACCGGUGCUCAAAAUCAGAUGAGACACAUCUGGUCCGACAUAAGUUGGAAAUCAAAUGGGAUCAACAAUUGAAAUGUAAAGGCAAACCAUCGCUAUAUCGGGCAUUAUUCGCAUCGUUCGGACCCGAGCUUAUUGUCCUCUAUAUUCCCGAAGCAAUCCGGCAAUUGGGACUAAACUUGUUUCAGCCGUAUUGUAUUGUUUAUUUGGUGAGAUAUUUCAACAAUGACCCCAACACUAGCCAGUGGUGGGCGCAGUGGGCAGCCGUGGUGGGUGUCAGAAUCCGUGCCGCCUGUUGUGCCCUAAUCUACCGCAAGUCAAUGCGUUUAAACCAUUCAGCACUCAGACAGACAACUGUUGGUCAAAUAUUGAACAUUAUGUCCAACGAUAUCAACAGAUUUGAUGACUUAGCAUUGCAUUCGAAAUCAUUGUUUGUGGGGCCACUGCAGGCGGCCAUUGUGUUAUUCCUGUUGUGGCCAUACCUUCGGUGGGCGUGUCUGACGGGAAUGGGAAUACUUGUGCUGUUAAUACCAUUUCAAGUACUAAUGGGACGUAUGUUUCGGAAAGUACGUCAAAAGACGGCCAAAUUAACCGACAGUCGAAUCCGUUUAAUGCAAGAGAUUAUCGCCGGAAUGCGUGUCAUAAAGAUGUACGCCUGGGAACAGCCCUUCGCACUAUUGGUACAAAAUGCUCGCAAGUCCGAAAUGAAACAAAUUCGAUAUUCAAACUUUUUAAAAGGUGUUAACCAUGCAAUUUAUUAUAGUAUAAUACGGGUUAUAAUAUGCGCCUGUUUUCUAACAUAUAUUCUGAUGGGCGAGAAGUUGUCGGCGGAGACUACGUUCGCCACUAUUGCUUACUUUAAUGCCAUGCGUUGGUCUAUGGCUAAAAACGCUCCUCUGGCUAUAACUGCUUUAAGCGAGCUAAUUAUAGUCAUCAAACGUAUCCAGGAUUUUCUAUUACUCGAAGAUAUGAGUGGUUUGGAUGAGAGGGAAGGGAAAGACAACGAGGCGUUCAUUUCGGGUGAAAAUGAGAUAAUUCUCGGAGUAAUGGAAAACACUUUGAGUAAUGAAGAAAAAGGCGUUUUUAUGGACAAAAUGAGCGUUCGUUGGAAUAAUGAGACGACUGAACCCACGCUUCGGGACAUUAGUCUGAGUGUAAAACCCGGACAACUGUUGUCUGUCGUCGGUUCCGUUGGCAGUGGAAAGAGCUCAUUAUUAAUGGCAAUACUGAAUGAGAUAUCGCUAGUGUCGGGUCGAGUGGUAGUGAGGGGUCGGGUGUCGUACGCGCCGCAGGAGUCGUGGGCUUUCAUAGCGAGUGUUCGACAGAAUAUUCUGUUUGGCUCUCAAUAUAAUGAAGAGAAAUACAAUCGAGUGGUGAAGGCGUGCGCUUUG